CAUUGUGAUAAACUUAACAUAAGAACUGUUGGCGCUAGCUUUGGACUGACAGCUAGCAAACACCAUCAUCCAACAUGAAGAUGUGAAUGUUUUUACAGAUUUUAUUUAGUUUAUUUGUCAGACUGUGUUCUGACUUUGGUGAUGUUGUCACUUGUGGUUUUAGAGCCCUGCACAAGCUACGUUAGUUAACGUUAGUGAGUUUGUUAGCUGGUUUUAGCAGCUAACAUAAACGUUAACCAAGGCUACGUAACGUUAGCUCACGUCACCUUUUAUCUUCUUUUGUAAUGGAUGAGGAUUUUCUGCUCGCCAUUCAGCUACAGGAGCAGUUUGACGAUGAAUACGAGAAGUCAAUAUUUUCAUCAGUCGGCUCUGAGGAUAACGGCUUCGGGCAAAGCAGUAAGAAACGGAAAGUGGAGGUAGCUGGAGGCAGCAGCGAUGUUGUUCCCUACUGGAAGCCGACUGUGCAGCCUGAGAGGCCGCUGUCCAUCGUAGACGAGUCCUGGGAGAUGCUGGACCCCAACCCCGAUGUCAGAGCCAUGUUUCUGGAGUUCAACGACAUGUUCUUCUGGGGGAAACUCAGCGGAGUGGAGGUGAAGUGGAGCCCCAGAAUGACACUGUGUGCUGGUGUGUGUUCAUAUGAGGGCCGAGGUGGACUGUGUUCGAUUAGACUCAGUGAGCCUCUGCUGAAGCUCAGACCUAGAAAAGACUUGGUGGAGACUCUUCUCCAUGAAAUGAUUCACGCGCUCCUGUUUGUGACCCAGAACAACCGAGACCGCGACGGUCAUGGACCCGAGUUCUGCAAACACAUGAAUCGGAUCAACAAGAGCAGUGGUACUAGUAUUUCUGUCUACCACAGCUUCCACGACGAGGUCGAUGUGUACCGACAGCACUGGUGGCGAUGCAAUGGGCCCUGUCAGAACCGCAAACCCUAUUUUGGCUAUGUGAAGAGAGCCAUGAAUCGGGCGCCGUCUUCUCUGGAUCCCUGGUGGGAGGACCACCGGAGGACGUGUGGUGGGACCUACACCAAGGUCAAGGAGCCUGAAGGAUAUGGAAAAAAAGGAAAGAAGGAUGGAAAAAAAGAUGGAAAAACCUCAGAGAAGAAGCCCUCUGCAACUGGAAAGCCUUCAAGUACAACUACAGGCUCUGGAUUACAGGAUAUAAGAAACAUUAUCCCAUUUAGUGGCAAAGGCUUCCUACUAGGAGGAAAGUCCUCCACGUCCAACAAACCUCCAGUGCCUGCUGUGAAAACAUCCUCAUCCAGCUCCAUCUCCUCUCCCACAAAACUCUUCACCCCUUCAUCCCCAGCUAAAAGUCUCAGUUCUCCUGUUCGCUCUGACAACCCAACUAAAGGGAUCUCCAGCACCUUUCCCUCCAUCAGACCAGCAGCCUCCAUGGGGCAGAAGCCACCCAUAAAGAGGUCUGUCAGUAACACGAAGGUGUUUGUCAACAUCAACGGCUCACCGGUGAAAAUCCCAAAACCCCACGGCAGCAGCAGCAGUAGAAGUAGCAGCCAAGGAGCAGAUAAAACCAAACAGAAGUCCAUUGAUGACCUUUUCAGCAGUGCAGGCCUCAGGAAGUCCAUAAGUCAAUCCUCCAUCUCAACCACAGAGACUAAAAGAGAUUUACUGACAUCACCAAAGACUACUAUGGGUGCUACCUCUACCUCUUCCUUCUUCCCCAAACAGUCUUCCUCUCCCAGCACAUCCAAGCCUAGUCCUAGCAAAUCCAACCAUUCCAAACAUCCAUCUGUCAUUCUAACCAAAGGCAGCCCUGCUAAACCAACACAGUCCAAGUAUUUCCAUGAUUCUAACAGUGACAGUACACCAGGAGCUGCCGGUGGGGGUCAAGCAUCGAGGAAGAGGCCGUGGGACGAGCGCAACAGCUCAGCCAGCAUCUUCGACUUCUUCCAGAAGACAUUAGGCAGCGAUUCAGUGGCCUCAAGGGAGUCAGUUAAGACAAAAUCACCUGCAAUGCAGCAAAGAACUGCCACUGCUGCUGCCACCUCCACCUCCUCCCUCCACAGUGUUACCUCCUCCUCCUCCUCAUCCUCCUCAUCCUCCUCUGUGGUGAUGAUGGUCAGCUGUCCUGUGUGCCAAGCAAAGGUGCAGGAGUCAAAGAUCAACGAGCAUCUUGAUUCCUGCCUCUCCUGAAUGAGGAGGAGCAGAUUGCGAGGACAGUUGAUAAAAGGGAUGUUGCAAUAAAAAACAAUUUCCAAAAGGUCAGGACAAGUUUCAGGGAGUUUGCUGUGUUGAGUUUUAGUAUUUUGAUCUGACUUUGCACUAAAUCUCCUUUUUAGUCUCUCGCUUAAAUUUUUCAAUCACUGUGGGUUUGAAAAGAAAAGUUUUACUGCCAGAUUGAUUUGUUUUCUUGGAGGUUGUCCUCUUGUAAUAAUGAAGACUCUUUUGUCACUGGUGCCUGUUUGCCUGUUUGUGCCUUAGUAUACCAGCGAACAGCCAGGCUUUACUGAUAAUGUAAGAUAACAGAUCAGUUCUGUUCAAAACCUCCUCAACUGUUUUACCACCAAUUGUGGUUUAAAUUUAGAAGCUGCUGUGUUAUGUGUGUAGAAAAGUUACUUUAGCCUCCGCUGGGGGGCGGAUGGGUUGUGCAGUUCCUGCAGUCAGAUGUAUCCUCCGCUUCAGAUCUGCAUUUACCGUCCUUCAGACAGCAGGAGACACUGGCUGACCUCUGCUGAUCUGCGGGAGUCAGGUUUCAGGCUUGCCAGCUAUUUAUUUCUGCACGUCUUCACAUUUACACUGCACCCAAAUACAGGGUCAGGCAGUGCAGGAGUAUCUGAUUGUUCUUUAAGCUAAGUAAUUCAGUAAAUAUGCUGGUACUACUAAUGAAUUUCAUCAGUCAGAUCUACAGAAGACAAAAAUGGAGGACGUCUGGAGGUGGAGGGGGUGAAAUGUUGAUUUUACUGCUAAAAGAACUUUGUAUGUGUAUCUUCCAUUUGUAUGUGUUUUUGUUCUGAAGGAAAUUGCUAAAUAUGUUUAGGUUUUAUUAACAAAUAAACAGAUGGACUGUUGUA